CUAUCCAAUGUGUUUUUACUAUUUAUUAGUGAUUUGUUGAGACAAAAUUUAAAGUGUCAAAACUCCUUCCUUAGUCAUGCCAAUCUAUACUUUAGCCUUAAAUUAGUUGAGGUACAAAGAGUUGUAGCGUAAGUCAACAAAAAGGCUAGAAAUUAAUAUGGUAAGUAUUCCGGAGAGGAUGAUAAGUUCUUCUGAUGGUCCACGACCCAUCCCGCUAAUCGGUAUGGGCACUUCAACUGCGACUGAAAGCAGUGAAGAAGUGAAGACGGCGGUUAUUGAAGCCAUCAAAGUUGGUUAUCGCCAUUUUGACACGGCCACAUUCUAUGGAACCGAGAAACCUGUUGGAGAAGCCAUCAAAGAAGCUCUGAGGUCGGGCCUUAUCAAGUCUCGAGCGGAGCUUUUCGUUACGACUAAGCUUUGGUGUAACUCAGCUGAGAGCCAUCUAGUUUUACCAGCCAUGAAGCAAAGUCUCUACAAUUUGGGAUUACAAUAUGUGGACCUCUAUCUGAUACAUUGGCCGCUCAAAGUUAACUGUGACCAUUUGAAAGUCCCAGUUCCAAAGGAACAAGUAGUUUCAAUCGAUAUUAGGAGAGUUUGGGAAGCAAUGGAGGAGUGUCAAAAUCUCGGACUUACUAAAUCCAUCGGUGUCAGUAACUUUUCUUCUCGAAAAAUUCAAGAAAUUCUCCCCUUUUCGAAAAUUCCCCCUGCUGUCAACCAGGUUGAAAUGAAUCCGCUUUGGCAGCAAAAGCAACUAAAGGAGUUUUGCAAAGAGAACGACAUUCUUGUCACCGCUUACUCCCCCUUAGCUUCAGCCGGAAAUACAUGGGGAAACAAUAGUGUCAUUGAGUGCGACGCUCUCAAAGAUAUUGCCAAGUCCAAAGGGAAGACUACAGCUCAGGUUUCUCUAAGAUGGUUAUAUGAGCAAGGCGUUAGCUUUAUAGUAAAGAGUUUCAAGAAAGAUAGGAUGAGGCAAAAUCUUGAAAUCUUUGAUUGGGCAUUAACUCAAGAAGAUUUGUACAAAAUUAGUCAAAUUCCGCAACGCAAACUAGUUUAUCUACUUGGUUUUGUGGUGACUGAGCCUAACGAUGUAACAAUGGAUAUUGAUGCAGAACUUUGAAUAACUAUCAGACCAGAUGAUAUCUAUAAUCUAUCUUUGUUAUUACAUUUUGUGAUAUAUAGCAAAAUAGUUUAUAAA